UAGAAGAUACCGAAUAUGAUAUAUGCCUUCUUGAUCCCUCGCCGCCUUCCUUACUCGGCCGAGCUCCAUCGUCUUGAUUUACAGCCCCGGAGUGCCUUGGGCUUCAAGGCCAUUUUCUUGGCUACUCCUCCACGCCCUUCCGGUCCCGAGAGGAAGCUCCGCUCCGCCGUCCUCCCUCCUUUCAUGGCCUCGACGAGCCAGGCAAGCCUACUCCUCCAGAAACAACUCAGAGAUCUCAGCAAGAAUCCGGUGGACGGCUUCUCCGCUGGCCUCGUUGACGAUAAUAACAUCUUCGAGUGGAGCGUCACCAUCAUCGGCCCUCCGGACACACUUUAUGAAGGAGGUUAUUUCAAUGCGAUCAUGAGCUUUCCAGCAAAUUAUCCUAACAGUCCCCCUACAGUUAGAUUUAUAUCAGAGAUGUGGCAUCCAAAUGUUUACCCAGAUGGUCGAGUUUGCAUAUCAAUUCUUCAUGCUCCUGGGGAAGACCCUAAUGGCUACGAGCUUGCAAGUGAGCGUUGGUCGCCUGUCCACACGGUUGAGAGCAUAGUUUUAAGUAUCAUUUCCAUGCUUUCGAGUCCCAAUGAUGAAUCACCUGCAAAUAUUGAAGCUGCUAAGGAAUGGAGAGAGAGAAGGGACGAAUUCAAGAAAACAGUCAGUCGCAUCGUUAGACGAUCACAGGAAAUGCUUUGAGAGCUUUAAAAUCAGGCCUCAUGGGGAUCUGCGUAAGCCAUGGCUUCAUGCCUGUUUUGCUGGAAAACUAUAUGUACGGGACGGGUCCUUAAUAUGCUAGCUAAAAGAGUUUCAAUAUCCUUUGUCGGGUCAAUUGUAGUGCUCAUCAUUGUCAUUGUCGUCAAACUCGUUUGUGCCAUAAGAAACAGCAUGAUACGGAUGUUUAAUUGAACACUCGUUGCUCCAACUUUUUUUUAUCUCGAA